GUGAUCACCGCCAUAUUUGUCGACUGCACGCAAAGUUUCAGGAAGUGUUUACAUUUUCGUUAAAUGUGUCAUAUUCGAUAAAGUUGUAUGAAUAAAAGUUGAAAUGGUGGAAGCAGUGGUUGAAUUUGAUUACACUGCUGAGCAGGAUGAUGAACUGAGUCUUAAAGUUGGACAAAGGAUCAAAAAUGUCAUCAAGCAAGAAGGAGGCUGGUGGGAGGGGGAAUGCAAUGGCAAAAAGGGCAUGUUCCCAGAUAACUUUGUCAAGGAAGUAGUUGCUAAGCCCAGUCCUCCACCAGCUCAACCUGAUAAGAAACCAAGGGCAGAGUCGAAAAAGGAGACCCAGGGGAAGAACAUAGCACAACUGAAACACCAAAUCAAUGUAAAGGGACCAAUGCAUUUUGGAGCUCCAAUGCCUGUUAAGAAACGUGAAUCCAGCCAGCACAAAAAGAAUAAAAAGGCAAAGGUGACCUUUAGCUACACUCCUGAAAACGAUGAUGAGAUAAAACUUGAACCUGGAGAAAUUAUAGAAAUUUUAAAACAAGAGGAGGAAGGAUGGUGGGAAGGGAUAUCAACUGAGGGCAAGCAAGGUGUCUUCCCAUCAAACUUUGUAGAGAUAAUUGAGGAAGAGGUGGAAGAAGAAUCUCCUGUGACCUCCACUUCACCCACUCCCGAUUCCAGUGAAGAGAUCAAAGGGAAGCCUGUUAAGGGCAUAGGGUUUGGCAACAUCUUCAGUGGAGGUCAAGUAAAACUACGUAGUGCUGGCAAUAAGGAAACCAAGGAAAAAGCCAAGGAAGUAAAAACCCCUGCUCAAACACCAAAGAAAACAGUCCCCCCAAUGCCAGAGGACCCUCCUCCCCAGAUGCCACAUAAAGACAACAAACCUGUUGAGAAAGCCAAAGUAUUGUACGACUACACCGCUGAGAAUGAUGAUGAGCUAUCUCUGGAAGAAGGAGAGGUGAUAGUUGUCUUAGAUAAAGAGCUGGAAGAUAGUGGCUGGUGGAAGGGGGAACUUAGAGGAAAAGUUGGAGUGUUUCCCGAUAACUUUGUAGAACUUAUUCCUAUAGAAGAGGUGAAGCCAAAGAAACCUCCCCCACCCUCAUCCCAUCAACGACCAUCCAAGCCUGCACCAGUGCCCCCUCCAUCAGAGAAGGAACCAACUGAUAUUAAAACAAAGAGAGAAAGUCUCAAGAAAGAAGAAAAGAAAGAAGCCAAGACUGUGCCAAACCUGCCUAGUAAAAAGCCAGCACUUCCUCCCCCUGUUGGUAGAAAGCCAUUACCCCCCAAACCAGAGGAGGAACCCCCUAAAGUAGCAAAAACAAUACACUCAGAGAAAAUAAUCGAAACAGGCGCAGCUAAUGGGUUGGAUGUUGUAGAAAGCACAGAGAAACUUAGCCAUCCUACAAAAGAUCGACCCAAACCAAACAAAAGACCCCCAUCUGCAGAGAAAAAGGGGGAAGAAGAAGUUUCAGCUGAGGAAGAGAGUAAAAUUUCCCCUCGUGAAAAACAUCGUCAUGACAAGAACAGCCGUCAUAGUGACCGGGAUUCCAAAGAAACCAGCAAGGUGGACAAGGAGAAAGAACAUGAGAAGAAAGUUCCCCCUCUACGUAGACCCCCACAGCCAAAACAUGACAAAGACAAACCUCUCAGUCCUGUUGAACCAAUUCCACGCCAGGCAUCUUCUGAACAUCAUCACGAAGACAACAUCUCUACUGAACAAAUCAAUGAAUUGAAAUCCGAAAUAAAACAUUUACGCUCAGAAACCGUCUCCAAGGAAACUCAUGAAAGACUCCGGAAAGAUUUUGAUAGCCUUAAGGAACAGUUUGAUCAUCUUAAGAGACAGUUGAAUAAAAGAAUGAUUGAUUUAAUGACCGAGGUUGAUGAUGAAAAGAAAAAGAGACUGAACACUGAAGUUGAAAUUGAGAGGUUAAAAAAGCUAGUCAUGGACACAUGAAUAUAAAUGCAGAUCCAAAGGCAGCGGUCACAUAGAAAAAUGUUAGCGUUUCAAAUGUUAAAGUUCAUCGCCUUGCUGUGUAGAAAUUACACUUUAAAAUGUUACUCAGACUAACUCAGUAGAAGAUGGAUACACAUUUGUUUAUAAUAGACUGUAGUUUCCUUGGUUAUAUGUAAGGGUAUACAGGAUUAUUUUAUAGACAUUAUCGAUGCAAUAUUAGGAGUAAAACACAAUGUUAUCGUAUUAUAUAUGGGUAUAUAUCUGAAAAAGCCAGUCCGUGCAUCCAUUCAAAUUACUCAAUUUAUGAUAUUAUACCAAUUUCAAAAAUGGCUUAUAGCACAACACUAAACGGAUUCAAUACGAUGUUAUAUUGUAUGGAUUACUAUCUCUGAUUCAUAAGCGAGUUGGACAACCAAAAGUUCCUCAGUCUAGAUACUCCAUUCUGAUUGGUCAGUUGGAAGUGUACAAUUUAAUCAGAUGAGUCUACCUCUGGAAAGGUCUGCUAUUUGUUUCGUUAGUAUAACAUCACUUUCUCAGACAAGUUGAAUAGAAGCCAAAUUCAAAUGCCAAAACAACAAUGGUCGUGGUAUAUAAUCAGCAAAUUUCACAAGUCACUGUACAUGUAUGAAUAACUUUUUAUCAUAUUAUUCAAAAAGUAAUGAACAGGGUGGUUGUACAUUCAUGUGACUGUACUGUCUCGGCCUUAGAUGUAUGAGCUGAAGUGGAAUUUACUUAUCUAAAGGCUUCUUGUUUCUUUAUGCCACAAUCUUGUAACUGGUUUGGAAAAUAAUGUGGCUAAAAUUGAAGAGUUUUCCAUUAUGGUUGUUGCAAUAAAUGAUGUUGGUAAAAUGUAUAGCACAGUAUUAAACUAAAGAACAUAUCACAUGAUUUUCAUUUUAAAUCAACUGAAUAUUUUUAAAGUUCAUGUAAAUUAGUAUUUUUCAAUUUUUAAUUUAUUAUAACACAUAGUUCUGUUAAUGAAUAGGAUUACACAUAUGCAAUUAGCAAAUGUAUUGAAACUUCAAGUUGAUUUCAAAAGUUGGAAAAUUAGAGCACCUGCAAAAUUAUUGUUUGGUGCUAGACAUCACUGAAAUUAUUUUAAACUACUUUAAGUGAUUGUUAGUUGGGGGAAAUACCCCAUAAUUCAUUGAUGGACCUAUCUCCAUGUAAAAGUAAACUCUAACUAUGAAUUCUGGGAUAUUCCUCCUUUAUGAAUGCUGGAAGUCUACUUCCUCCUUUGAAAUUCUUGGGAGUUGGAAUGUUGUGAAACAAUAUGCUCAAUUUUUGAUUUUGCAUUUCCAAGAUAAGAACCAUAUCAAUCCUCCGCCAUUCAAGAUGUUUCAUUAAUGUAUUUUCUAAUAUAAAGGCAAGUCUAUACUGUCACAUAAAUUUUAUUUUCGGGAAUCAUUGGGAAGGGAUAGUUUAACAUAUCAAAUGCAUUAGUGGCCUACUUGACCAACAUUGUGUGUGGUACACUCCCUCCAAAAGUUU